AGCUUACUUCCAAAGUCGUGCGGCACGUGACAUCGCCACCUGAGAAAACCCUUUCACCUCCGUAUUCUCCCCCUCUGCGUCGCUUCUGAGAGCGCUCCACCGCCGUGCUUUCACUAACAUGCGCCAUAACCUCCUCUCCACCUCCUUCUUCCCAAUGGCACCUUCCUCCUUUUCCUCUUCCACCACAACCACCCACCACCACCACCUCAACAAAAAGCCCUCUUCAUCUUCUUCUUCAAACCCUAACCCUAACAAUUGUACAGGCACUUGCUCUCAUCAUUCCCCCUCCGCGACUCUAGAUAUCUUAAUCCUCAUCCUAGUCCUGUUUUCCGGCGCAUUUUUAGUCUCUUCCUACUUCUCCUACAUCUUCCAUUCUCUCUCCCUUAUCCUCCCGCCUAUUUCUCUCUCUAUCCUUAUAGACAUCUCCUCUCUUUACCUCAUCGGCUUCUUCCUGUUCUUCGUGCUUUCGAUAAUCGGUUUGGAGAUCUGUUGUGGCAACAGGUCAAGGAAGUGUGGGAGGAAAGGAUGUAAAGGGUUGAAGAAGGCGAUGGAGUUCGAUCUGCAGCUGCAGACGGAGGAGGUAUUGAGAUCGGGUGUCAAAGGAAUGAAGGAGAUGGAUGAGUUGCCAUGGAAAGGAGGGAGUGAGACAAAUCCUGAUUAUGAGUGUUUGAGGACUGAGUUGAGGAAGAUGGCACCGAUGAAUGGAAGAGCAGUGUUGCUGUUUCGAUCCAAGUGUGGUUGCCCUGUUGCAAAGCUUGAAGGAUGGGGCCCUAAACGUGGGAGGAGAAACAAGAAGAAUUUGAGUCUGAAUGGAGGAAAUCAUGGCUGAUACUUGAGAAUGCAGUUGCUGUGGGUUUCAAUUUCAUCUGUGUUUCUUGUUUGUCUAUUAUUAUUAGUAUUACCCUCAAGAAUUUGGGUUUAUUUACUUUUAUGGAUGACUUGAAACUCUUGAAAUAUUUACAGAAAAGACCCUCCAUUGUAAACCAUAUUUGCUUGGUAUAUCAAGGGUAGUAUACUUGAUUAAAUAUGAAUAAAUAUCUAAACAUUU